GGCAUUAUUUAAGUUUGAAGGAGCAGGCAAGAACUUGCAGAAUUGGGUGCAGCCCCUUUCUGACACAAUUGAGAAAAUAAAUACCAGAAGACAGAGCUAAGAGCCAUAAGACGUGGACAUCUUGCACAGGGUCAACAACAUCAAGUUCAGAAAGAAAUUGAAGAGGAGGCAUUGUAAUUCUGAAGACUUGAGGAAUGGAUUCCUUUGGAUUGAGGAAUUUGUUGUGCUUAAUCCUGCUUCACUGUAUCCAUCAGUCUGGUGCCUUGGGGAAUGUACCGAAAGAUUUACUGGGAACAGCUAAUGAAGAAAUGAGACCAAGUAAUCCACUGAAAUUGAUCAUAGAGGCAAAAGCCAAGCUGGGAGCUGCUUGUGCUUGGAACAAGAAAUCGGAUGUGAUUUUUGACGUGCAGCGCUCCACAAUGAAUCAUGUGCUGACUUCUGUGGAUCCCAUUGUUUACGACACAGUCAAUGUGAAUUUUGGAGGGGCGUACAACAGCACGACUGGAAUAUUUACAUGCCCCAUGUGCGGGACCUACUUUUUCAGUUAUUCCUCUCUGCCAGGCAGGGGGCUGCAGACAGAUGUGGCCCUGGUAAAGAAUAAAGAGAAAGUCAGUCUGAUCCAUAGCUUCCUGCCAGCAAACAGUUCCCAGCUCUCAAUCAAAAUCACGAUCCUGAGUCUCCACAAGGGAGACAAAGUGUGGGUAAAGCUGGUUACAGGGAAUCUCUGGAGCCGGGCUGGAUCACUCAGCUUCCAAGGAUUUCAGCUAACUAGUAGAGUUAGAUAAUGGGCUGGAAAGGUUAGGGUAGAAUUUUCUCUUCUGUGCUGGUGGGCCAGGAGCCUUUAUCAUAAAUUGCUCAAUAUUUUCUGACCAAUGAAAUGAACAAUCGUGCCCACCUUUACGAUAAGAACUUGUGUCACACCAAGCUCAUGUGCCCCACCACUAAAGAGAAAAACCUAUCCUGUUUGUCUCUGGGAAUCACAGGUGGUUUCAAGAGAGCUUGUGGGGAAUGAACACAGAACAAUUUAUAAUCAGCACAAGCACCUGUAUGCUUCAGAUUUUUCAAUAAAGCUUUCAGCUUACUGCUC